AAUGAAAGUAUUUUAUAAAUCUGGGUACUAUGAAUUUUACAACCCGGGAUCCGUAAUGUCUAUAUAAUACAACACACAUUACACAUUUAUCAUUGUUAAUUACCAUCAUACCCUGCUUUGGCUGGGCUUAUUAACUAACUCACACAUCGCAACAUUUAACCAGGAUCGAUCGUUUCCAUAUUGAUUACGUAUCUACAGGACCUGGUAUCCAUGUUUGAGCAUUUGGAAGGGGCUAUACCCCUGAAGGCAGGGAAGCCUACAGAGUCCACUAGGACAUCUGAUGCUCCAGGGCUGACUAGACACUCAAUCGAUUCGCAGGAAUGGUCACAGCCUGGUGUAUCAUUUGCGAGUGUGGAGAACGUUAGGUGCCCGCAUCAUUACGCUCUGCCUAUACAGUAUUUCUGCCUGGACUGUAAGUUUGGUGAGGGUUGUUUCUGCAGUGAAUGUGCAUUAACGAGGCAUGCUAGCUGUGACGUACGAACUUUGGAUGAGGCCUAUAACAUGAUAUUGAACAAUGUCAUUAGGAAAUGGGCAAGUCAAUUCAGUUCGCGUACUGACAGUCUUGAGGUAACGUUCGCGCAGCAGUUGGUGGAUAAGCGAGAGGAGUGGACCAUGAAGUUACAGGAGGUGCAGACGGCUAUAAUGAAGACUUCGGAUGAUAUAACCACUACACUGCGUGACAUGGAGACUAAAUUGUUACAAUGGAUCAACCAAAGCCACAAAUCGUUUAUGGAGGAGCACGACAGAUUGUGUGAGCACGUUGAAUCCACCCUAGAGAGUUACGCCAAUAAUGCCGAGAUGUUAAGGCAGCAGAGGCGCCUGUCCCCAGCACGUCUAUUGUUGUUCUAUCAUGAAAAUCAUGUAAAGUUGAAGCAGAUGCUUGUUGGCACUACUCCGCGUGAUUCUGAGCGUGUCAUUAGGCAGGCUACUAGGCAUUUAGGUGUACGUCUGGACAACAUUAACUCUACUUGUGUGGAAUUUGAAAAGGAAAUUGCACAUUUAGAGCGUAGCAUUAGGAAUGCUGGUGCCUCGUGAACCAUGAACUUAUAAUCGCU